CCUUGACUUGACUCCCUUCACUCCUUUAGCCCGGCGCCACUGCUGCUAUGCCACGCAAAAAGGGCAGCAAGGGAAAAGUAAAGGGCAAAGGCCGCACCAAGGAUGGCAAGCCCGUACGGUGGGAGAAGACGGACUGGGGAGAGGAUUAUCGAGUGACGCCGAUGCCAUUCGAAGAGAGCGAAGGCAGCCUGGCAUCCUGGAGCGAGAAUGAUGAGAAAUGGUCUUUUGUCGAUGUCUCGCAGCUCGAAGCACAGCUGCAAAUCAACGAGGAGGGCGAAUCCGGCCCUCCAGAGUACGAAAUCGAAACGAUCCUUCGGUGGAGGCGACACCCGCGCAAGGGCUACACGCAAUAUCGCACCAAGUGGAAUGGAUUCAACAUUCACUCAAACACGUGGGAGCCAGAACAAUGCUUCAGCAAGGAGGCCAUGGAUGAGUUCUGGGAGUCAAGGGGAGGCAGGCCAGAGGACAUUCCUGAGCCGGACAGCGGGGAUGAUACACCCGUUCUCGAUGAAGACGAUACCGAUCGACAAAAGUACGAAGACAGCUCCGUUGGCGUGGAUGCCAGACGAAGGCUCAGGCUCGAAUUCAGGAGGGAUAAGAAGCUCUUCAGAGAGUACAAGCGUAAGAAGGCACAAGAGGAGCUUGCGGAGAAGCAGCGCAAGAGGCGCGCUCAGGUGGUAGGGUCGGAUGCGGAGGACGACUUAGACGACGAUGACGGCGACGUCAGUAUUCAAAGGCCCAAACCUCGCGCUCGAGCAAGUCCAGGGACAGACUCAAAAAAGCGCAAGCGCGACAGCCCGGAGCUCAGCAGCGAGCUGAGUAGCGGCCCCUGUUCGGCAUCGGACUCUGACCAACCAAUGGCUCGCAGGAGACCGCAAUUGGCCAUUGCAGAGCCGACUGUGAGGCCAAGUUCAGCAAUCGCGUUGGCAGCUGCAGCCGCUACACCUCUGUCUCCUUCGGCGUCACGACCUGGCCUGCCGCGCAUUAUCAGCGAAGAGGUCGAGCCAGCGUCGCGCUCAAAGGAUACGCGAACCGGGUCGAGCGCUCAGAGUGCCACAGCUGAGCGGCGAUCAAGCCCUAAUAGCUCGAUCAGACCGCAGCCAAGCGUGGCACCGGUAUCCAAGCCAGCUUCUACUAAAUGGUCCACCCAGCACCAUCACCGGCCCCUGGCCAAUGCGAGUGUACGUGAGCUGGAGAGGCUUGCGCGAGAAGCAAAGGUGGCAGGUGCAGGGGCGACUAGCACAGGCAAUCCCGCUAAGAAGGCGAGGCAGGCAUCUCCGCCUAGACAAGGGACACAGCCUCGGUCAGUCCAGCAGAAUGCCAUUGCCGGCCCCUCCUCAGCACCAUCAUCGGCGACUAGCCCGCCCGGCAGCGGCACGGGCAAUUUCCUCGAUGCAAUUCUUCCUCCCCCUUCAACCUCCAACGCCCAAGCAAAAGGUGCCUACAUUGGUGCCCACAAGAACCGAAAGCAGACCAUGAUGCUGGAAAAAGCGCCUGCGGAGCCCUUGCCGCAAGGCCGAUUCCGGGGAAGAGGGCCGCCGGUGAGGCCGCCCCCUGUGGCGCCUUCAGCUGCUGUUGGCACUGGGCUCAGCGGAAGUGGGAGUGGGAGUGCUGGACAACAGCAGCAAGCAAGCUCAUCUGCCGGUGCGCAGGGAGCUGACAGGUCGGUGGGGUACCAACAGCGGCAGCAGCAGCACCAGACACGCUCUGCACCGCUCGACCCACCUCGGUCACCUGAUCAAUAUACACCAAGAAGCCCGAUCGGCGCCGGCGAUGGGGAUCGCAACACCAGCUGGGGAGCACCGGCGGCAAGCAGGGAUUCUCGUCGUCCUCUCGAAACACCUGCGGCCCGUGGAAGCCCUCCAGCCUCUUCGGGGUCUACACCUCCAGUCUCCCCAUCUUAUCACCCUCCCAGACCAUAUGCGCUCGUCUCCCCCCGCAUGGAGCAUCGGGUCGCUACAGGGGCACGUCAUUCCUCCCCCGUCGAGCGCCGUCCGGGAAGCGGCAGCGGCAGCAGUGUCAGCCCCAUCGCUACUCGCCCGCCUCUGCAGCCUUUCGGCAGCACUGCUGCGCCUUUGCGCGGUUCGAACGAAGCCACUCUUGAUCCAAGAAGAGCUAGGAGAUGGGGUUCACCAUCCGCCGGGGUGACAAAGGCUAGCGCGGCGUUGCAGGAGCAGCAGGCAGCAGGUCAUGGACAGCCAGAGGAAGAGGCAGGCAGAGAGCAUCAGCCUCGCCGUCCGUCACCGCCCUCUCAGCUGCCACUAUCGAACAGCUCGCCCCCUCCGCCGCCGCCUGAUGAUGAUGGACCGCCGCCGAUGUCGCCAGAGAUUGUCCCGCAGUCGGUCAUUUCGGCGGGAUCUGAUCCUGCUGCAGGACUUUCGGCUGCCAAGACUGUGGCCGCCUCCUCCGCUCCUCCAGCUGAGGGAGACGCUGGAGAUGAACAGGCAGACGCCGAAGCGGCCGAGGUAGAAAUGGCGACCCUUUCCGCUUCACCACUCCCCCCUGGUCCUCCUCCUGGUCCUCCGCCUGGACCUCUUCCGCCUGCGGCUGCCGCGGGCCAGAGCGACGAUAUGGAUAUCAGUGCGGACGAAAGCCGCGACAAGCAGACGGAAGCGGUCUCUGGCUCCAAAGCGGUGCUGCCGCAAGCAGAGCAGCAUGUCCCGCCCUCUUCAGACCAGACCCACAGCUCGCUCCCCGCCAAGCCGCUACCACCCCUCAACAUCACUCACGUCCAUCGCGCGCGGCCCACGCCUAGCCACAUCACUCGCGGCUCCCCUGCACCGUGGCUCUCCGCCAGCAAGAGGGACCCUCGUCUCAAAUCUCGCGUCGUAGUAGCGAAAGGAGGGCCACCGCCUUGGAUGCCUCGAUCGAAGUGGACUACUGGCGCUGCUGAGAAUGAGGAGAAGGAGGAAGGAGAGUUGGAUGCUGAUGAAGAUGUUUCAGCCGCAGCGCCUACUGCGCUUGGGGCUCCGGAGCCGAGAGCGACGGCUACGACUUGAUGUGUGCGAGCAGGUCAGGCACGAGGUGGAUGACGGCGAUGGCUGUGGUAUUGAAGUGAGGCGAAGUGACGAUGGCGAAAAAGGGAAGGAGGCACAGAAGGAAGGAAACAUUUCGACAGUAACGGUGUGAUAGCUUCUCAGGAGUCGCUACCCUUCGGGCGCCCCUUUUUCUCUACUCCUCGAUACCCACUUCACGUCUUGAUUGCCUGGCUCUCGUCCCUUUCUCUGUAUCCUAUUCUGUCCUCUUUCCAUGACCAUCUCGACCCGAAUACCAAGCGCUUUCCCACCUCCAUACCCGCCUGCCAACUCUUUCAGCGAUCAAGCACCAACUCCUCCUCAAACUCGUA